AAAAGUUGUUGAACAAGCAAAGAACAAAGAAAGGAAAAACUUAAGAAGCAAGUAUAGAGAACGCGAUGUCGUGUUCAGUUGCCGUCUGUAACUCACCGGUGUUUUCUCCGUCGUCAUCGCUUUUCUGUACCAAAACUUCCAUCAUCUCUCCUUCGCCCGAAGCUUUGAACUCGUCCUUGACCCACCUCAAAACUUCUUCGUCUUCCCCUGCUUCUCCGUCUCCUUCGCCGUCUUCCCCUUUUAGGAUUAGGCUUCAAAAACCGCCAUCUGGGUCGUUGUUAUCUUCUUCUAAUUCAGUACCAUCGUCUUCAUCGGUGUCUACGAUUUUGAAGAGGAAGAGGCCAGCGAGGCUAGAUAUACCGGUAGCGACGACUUCUUUUGGGGUUCCGGCAACACCGUGUGAAGUGGCGAGAGAUCUGGAGAGAGAAGGUGAUGGUUAUUCGGUUUAUUGUAAAAGAGGGAGGAGAGAAGCUAUGGAAGAUAGAUUCUCAGCUUCAGUUGAACUCCAAGGAGAUUCAAAACAGGCGUUUUUCGGCGUUUUCGACGGUCAUGGAGGUGCUAAAGCUGCAGAGUUUGCAGCCCAAAAGUUGGAAAAGAACAUCAUAGAUGAAGUUGGAAGAAGGGACGUAAGCAAAGUGAAGGAAGCUGUUAAAGAAGGUUAUAUGAAAACAGAUGCUGAGUUUCUUAAGGAAGAUGUCUCCGGUGGUACGUGUUGCGUUACAGCUUUGAUCCAGAAUGGAAAUCUUAUCGUAUCGAACGCCGGCGAUUGUCGUGCCGUUAUGAGCAGAGGUGGUGUUGCCGAACCUCUUACCUCUGAUCACCGACCUUCAAGGGAGGAUGAAAGGAACCGAAUCCAGUCUUCGGGUGGCUAUGUGGACUUGUGCCGUGGAGUUUGGAGAAUUCAGGGUUGUCUUGCUGUGUCCAGAGGGAUUGGAGACCAGCACCUUAAGCAGUGGGUAAUAUCCGAGCCGGAGACGAACAUCAUCGGCAUCGAAUCCGGAUGCGAGUUCUUAAUAUUAGCUUCUGAUGGCUUAUGGGAUAAGGUUAGUAACCAGGAAGCAGUUGACAUUGCUCGACCUUCAUGUCUAGGCAUCAGUAAGCAGAAUGCAUUGGGUGCCUGUAAACAGCUCGUCGAUCUUUCGGUUUCACGAGGCUCGUCCGAUGAUGUUAGCGUGAUGCUGAUUCAACUGGGGAGCUAUAUUUGAUUGCCUAAUUUAUAUCAAGUAGUCAGCCGAUUAACUCGUAGGAAA